UUUUUUUUCCUUUUCCUUUUCUUUUUCUUUUCUUUUCUUUUAUAUAUAUUUAGUUGUUUUUUUUUUUAAUGUCGAAUUACGCUUAUAGUUAUAUCAUCAAGUAUAUCAUUAUCGGAGACACUGGUGUUGGAAAGUCUUGUCUUCUCUUACAGUUUACGGAUAAACGGUUCAUGCCAGCUCACGAUUUGACCAUUGGUGUUGGUUUUGGUACCCGGUUUGUCAUUGUUAAUGACCAACAAAUCAAAUUACAAAUUUGGGAUACUGCUGGUCAAGAAUCAUUUCGAACUAUUACUCGUAGUUAUUAUCGAGGUGCUGCUGGAGCCCUAUUAGUUUAUGAUAUUACUAGACGUGAAACUUUUGAAAACUUGUCAACAUGGUUACAAGAUGUACGUGAACAUGCCAACCCAAAUACAGUCAUCAUGGUUAUCGGUAACAAGAGUGAUUUGGAAAGUAAACGUCAAGUAUCAAGGGAAGAAGGAGAAAAAUUCGCAAAGGAUAACAAUCUAUUCUUUUUGGAAGCAUCUGCUAAAUCAGCUGAUAAUGUGGAAGAAGCUUUUGUCAAAACAGCACAUACUAUUCAAAAGAAGAUUCAAAGUGGGGAUAUCGAUCUAUCAAGCGAAUCGAAUGGUAUUAAAUUAGCUCCCUCUCAAGGCAAUUCGUCACUUCCUUCUGGUAAUGCUUCUUCUGGUGGUGGUGGAUGCUGUUGAUUACAUAUUAUAUACUUUAGUUAUUAGUUUUGAUCCAUUUUUAUCAUUAUCAUUAUUAUUAUUUUUUUUUACUCUUCUUAUUAUUAUUAGUAUCAUUAUUAUUAGCAGUAGAUUCUACUUGAUUAGUUACCCCCCCCCCAUCUUUUAUAUAACAAAUAUAUAUAAAAAUAUAUGCAUUUAUACAAUUA